AUUGAAUGAAGAGUGAAGCUGUAUGUUAUUCACUCAAAAAAAGAAAAAACACAACAAAAUCGCAAACCUGAAGAAAGAGAAUGAAGCAAGAAACGGCAACACCAGAAUCGCAAAUCGCAAGCAGGAAGAGAAGAAUUUCAUCUGAGGAAGGAUGCAAAAAACUUAAGUUAUCAAGUGAUGGUUUGCCAUGUUCAGUACAAGCUAAGGUUGUUGAUUACAGUAAUCCGUAUGCAAUCACAGAAGUUUUAAAUAGUUUAGAGGGUGGAGAAUAUGGUAGUGUGACAAAGGAUAUUGAUGCCCUUAUAACCCGAAAAAUGCAAGUAUUAGGCCCCUACUUUGCUAAAUAUCCUACCCUUAUUGAUCGAUUCUUGAAAGUGGUGACAGUUCAGGAUGAAAAAAGCCACCACUCAGAUCAAAAUGUCAUAGAUUUGGAUGAGGGACAAAUUCAAAGGGAUGUUGCGGCACCAAAAAGAGAAAAGGAUGUUCCUGCAGCACAAUGCCCUGUUGUUAUAAUUGAUUCAGACGAGGAGGAUGAUAGGGAUCAGAAGUCUUUUCAUGCGUACCAUGAAGUUGUUUUGCCAAAACGGCAGUCUCCUGCAUUAAAAAUGAUUGGAUAUCAUCCUCCCAAUGCUUACAAUGGAGAAAGUUCAGAUCUAAAAUUUGAAACAAGUCUGCCUCUUAAUGCAUACUAUGGAGAAAGUGCGGAUAAAAAAAUUGAAAAAAAACUGCCUCCUAAAGAUAACCCAAGGAAAGAUAAAGGUGUUUAUCUUGGUGUACAAGAGGAAGAAGAUAAUGCGGUUGAUGCUGAAGAUGACGGGCUAGAAGAUAUUUGGAGGGAGAUGUCAAUGGCAAUAGAAACUUCUAAAGAUGUUUCUGCAGAUCCUCCGCCCGAAGAAGAAGAAGAAGAGGAAGAAGAUGCUGACUGCGAUCAUUCUUUUGUUCUAAAAGACGAUCUUGGAUAUGUUUGUCGUGUUUGUGGGGUUAUUGAUAGAGGAAUUGAAACCAUAUUUGAGUUUCAAUACAAGGUUAAAAGGAGCACCAGGACUUAUAUGUCUGAUUCGUCGAAAGACAAAGGAAAAGUUGAUGCGUUUGGAGUGAAGAUUGCUGAAGAAGAUUUCUUGGUAACUGACAUAUCAGCCCAUCCCCGGCAUGCAAAUCAAAUGAAACCGCACCAAGUUGAAGGAUUCAACUUUCUCGUCAGAAACUUGGUGGGAGACCAUCCCGGGGGAUGCAUCCUGGCUCAUGCUCCAGGAUCGGGAAAGACUUUCAUGAUUAUCAGUUUCAUGCAAAGUUUUCUAGGAAAGUAUCCCAAUGCUCGACCUCUAGUGGUGCUUCCCAAGGGAAUAUUGUCGACUUGGAAGAAAGAGUUUCAAACGUGGCAAGUGGAAGAUAUACCGCUCUAUGAUCUAUACACUGUGAAGGCUGACAGCAGAUCUCAGCAACUGGAGGUGUUAAAACAAUGGAUGAAUAACAAAAGUAUUCUUUUCUUAGGAUACAAACAGUUCUCCUCCAUUGUGUGUGAUAAUAGUAAUAACAAUGCAUCAAUAUCAUGCCAAGAGAUAUUGCUUAAAGUUCCCUCGAUUCUCAUUUUAGAUGAGGGACACACUCCAAGAAAUGAGAAUACAGAUAUGGUACAGUCUCUUGCCAAAGUACAAACUCCUAGGAAAGUUGUAUUGUCUGGAACUCUUUAUCAAAAUCAUGUUAGGGAGGUUUUCAAUGUUCUCAAUCUUGUGAGGCCGAAGUUUCUAAAGAUGGAAACAUCUAAGCCUAUCGUCCGACGCAUUCAGGCUAGGGUCCAUAUACCUAGCGUGAAACGCUUUGACGAUUUGGUUGAGAAUACAUUACAGAAGGACCCAGAUUUUAAAAGGAAAGUUGCUGUAAUUCAUGAUUUGCGUGAGAUGACCAGUAAAGUUCUUCACUACUACAAAGGCGAUUUUCUUGACGAGCUUCCUGGCCUGGUAGAUUUCACUGUGGUGCUCAAACUUACGCCCAGGCAGAAGAUUGAAGUUGAGAAAGCAAAGAAGAUGUAUAUUAGAAAGUUCAAAUUUUCUUCUGUAGGCAGUGCAGUGUAUCUGCACCCAAAGUUGAAGCCAAUUGCAGAGAAAUGUGAUGAAAAUUCCAUAUCUGAUCAUAUCAUGGAUGAUUUUAUAGCAGACCUUGAUAUGAGAGAUGGAGUCAAAUCAAAGUUCUUUCGCAAUAUGCUGAACCUAUGUGAAUCAGCCGGGGAAAAACUUCUGGUGUUCAGUCAAUAUCUAUUGCCUUUGAAAUAUUUGGAAAGGUUAGCCAUGAAGUGGAAGGGUUGGAGUCUCGGAAAAGAAAUCUUCGUGAUUUCAGGAGAAUCUUCCGCUGAACAAAGAGAGUUUUCAAUGGAGAAGUUUAACAAUUCACCCGAGGCAAAAAUAUUUUUUGGCUCAAUCAAAGCAUGUGGUGAAGGGAUUUCAUUGGUUGGGGCAUCCCGUGUCAUCAUCUUGGAUGUUCAUCUCAACCCAUCUGUUACUCGUCAAGCUAUUGGUCGUGCUUUUCGGCCAGGACAGAAAAAGAAAGUCUUUGUGUAUCGUUUGAUAGCUGCUGAUUCUCCAGAAGAGGAAGAUCACCAUACUUGUUUCAAGAAGGAGUUAAUCUCAAAAAUGUGGUUUGAAUGGAAUGAAUAUUGUGGUGACCGUGCAUUUGAAGUUGAAACACUUGAUGUGAAAGAAUGUGGUGAUCUAUUUCUAGAGAGCCCGUUGUUAGGGGAAGACGUAAAAGCUCUGUAUAAAAGGUAACAUGUGGGCAUUCAAACAAGCUAAAUUCAAUAUCAAAUAGAGAUGGAAUAUUUAAAGGUAGAUGUGACAAAGUUUAGUCCUUGCAGUUUUUAGUUCUAGGUUCUCAUAUAUCCUGUUCUGGUAGUUGUCUACUAAUGGUCCGAGCGGUGAAGUUUACCUUACCGGAAUGUUACUCAACAGGAUUGAUUACUUUUUCUUUGUCUAGGAGUUCCGGAAAAGACUAUGCUCUUAGCUGACUUAUUCAUAAGUCUUCCGAAGGAACACUAAUGACAGUCAAUCAGAGUGUGGCAGUCACAACUUACAUUGAACUGUUAUAGCUUUUUAUUUAGAUUAAGACCAAUGUAGAGAGUUGCGAACUGAAUUAGUUGUCUGUCUUUAGUCACAACACAACAUACAGUGAACUGUUUAGGGAUUGGGAUGGAGACAUGUAGAGUGAACUGUUUUAAUUUUCUGAACUUGUUUGUGUUGCAGAAAUCCUCUGCUCUAACAUUGCUAUUGCUUCAACUGUUCAGAAAAAUGUUUGUGUAUGUAUGGUUGGUUAAGGUUGCCUUUCUUCAGAAAGUUAUAAGAAAAGCCUACUACUUUCUUGGUUCUGAUUUCA